AUGAGAGGAAUUUUUCUUGAAGGAACCAAUAGCUACAUUAUAAGAGGGCUACAGGAUGAGAAAAUAGGAGAGGCCUCCAGGAGCUCAGAGCAGUCCCCACAAUUUAGAAUCUACUACACACAUUGCUAUUUGAACACUCACAGAAAACUAUUAUCUUCCCCCCGCCCUCUACAAAGCAUCUCCAGGGCUCAUAUUAUUGUGAGGCCUCUAUUUUCAUCCUUGCAACCAAUGUUCAGAGCUUACAGAGCUUAUCAUGUUUAUUAUAUAACAAUAAGACAUAAGCCAAAACAACUUGCUGCUGGGCUUUUAAACAUAGCAACAGCAGAAAUCUUUUCUGGGCUUGAGGAAGAGCCACUUCAAAUGUCUACUAAUUUCAGCAAUUUUCUGGUCUAUGGAAUGAAAAGUCUAAAACUCACAGCCCUCUGCUCCACCCUCGGACUUCUUGACGCAAGGGGGCGGGUGGGGAAGAAAGUGGCGUGUUCCCUGGUUGUUGGGAUUCACAGGCUGCCUCUCAAAGGAGUAUUGCCUGGGUGGCGAAUGCUCUUGGAGGAGAAAAGAGAAAGGGAUGAAACGGGGACCCUUCAAAGUUGCCACCAUGGUAAUGUCACUCAGUGGCACAGGGCUUGUUCCUCCCUUUUGUUCUCUUUUCUUUUUUUUUUUGAGACGGAGUCUCAGCGUCUCGUUCUGUCACCCAGGCUAGAGUGCAAGUGUGCAGAGGAUCCAGUAAAGGGAAUGUAUCAUGUGACGUCAGAACAGAUGGAUGUCACAUUGAGUCAGCAAUGA